AUGACGGCUAUCAAAGGCCAAAAGGGCGAAAGCUCGAGCUCUGCCCCUCCCCCGCGCCGACCCAGCGACUUCGACCUCGACAGAACCGACAGCGCAGAGGUUCCCGACGCCCUGGUUUCUGAUGGCUUCAGUCUGCCGUCUUUGGGAGCCGACGAUGAGCCUCUGCCCACGUACGGCGACCUCCCCGACCAGCUUCACUUCUCCCAGUCGGGCGUAGAGGCAGGCGCCAAUGUCACCAUCGACGGUCGAGUCAACAUCAACAUCAACCAGAGCGGCAACCGCCUCGCCGAAAUCCUCGCACCGACCAUCGCGCGAAGCCAGCUCCUCGCCGACAAGCAGCCCCAAGGGCCCCUCCCGCCCGCUUAUAUUCCACCGUCCCUCGGCGGUCAACCAGGCCAGGUUCCUCCCCCGCAGCUCAACGUUGUCGUCCAGAUCGUCGGCUCGCGCGGUGACGUGCAGCCCUUUGUCGCGCUGGGCAAGGUCCUGAAGGAGACGUACGGCCACCGGGUGCGCAUCGCCACGCACAAGACGUUCCAAAAGUUCGUUGAGGAGAAUGGGCUCGAGUUCUUCAACAUCGGCGGCGACCCCGCCGAGCUCAUGGCCUUCAUGGUCAAGAAUCCCGGCCUGAUGCCCGGCUUCGACACCCUCAAGAGCGGCGAGGUGAGCAAGCGCAGACGGGGCAUCGAGGAAAUUCUACUCGGUUGUUGGCGCUCGUGCAUCGAGGCCGGGGACGGACUGGGCCCGCCGCCGAAACCACAUGGCCGGGACGCGCCGAUGGACGACCCAAUGGGCCUGAUGCCAGGCGAUGAGUCGCGGAAGCCGUUUGUGGCGGAUGCCAUCAUUGCCAACCCUCCCAGCUUUGCGCACAUUCAUAUUGCCGAGAAGAUGGGGAUUCCGCUGCAUCUCAUGUUCACCAUGCCGUGGACGCCCACACGCGCGUUUCCCCACCCGCUGGCCAAUAUCCAGUCCACCAACACGGACCCGGUCAUGACCAACUACGUCUCGUACGCGCUGGUCGAGAUGAUGACCUGGCAGGGCUUGGGAGACGUCAUCAACCGCUUCCGAGAGAAGGCGCUGGAUCUGGACCCCAUGUCGCUCAUCUGGGCACCGGGCGUGUUGAACAGACUGAGAAUCCCGUACACGUACUGCUGGUCGCCGGCUCUCAUUCCGAAGCCGAACGACUGGGGCCACGAGAUUGACAUUUCUGGAUUUUACUUCUUGAACCUAGCGUCGGCAUUUACCCCGGACCCUGAUCUGGCUGCGUUCUUGGCAGCCGGUCCGCCUCCGGUUUACAUCGGGUUUGGGUCUAUUGUCGUGGACGACCCGAACGCGCUGACGAGGAUGAUUUUCGACGCCGUCCAUCUCACGGGGGUGCGGGCGCUUGUCUCAAAGGGCUGGGGCGGUCUCGGAGCUGAGGACGUUGGGCUGCCCGAGGGCGUCUUCAUGUUGGGCAACGUGCCGCAUGAUUGGCUGUUCCAGCAUGUUUCUGCGGUUUGUCACCACGGUGGCGCGGGCACCACUGCAGCAGGAAUCCAGGCCGGGAAACCAACGAUCGUGGUGCCGUUCUUCGGAGACCAGCCCUUCUGGGGUGCCAUGAUUUCCAGGGCUGGGGCCGGUCCAGACCCCAUCCCGUUUAAGCAGCUCAGUGGAGAGAAGCUUGCGGAGGCAAUCCGGCAUUGUCUAAAACCCGAGACCCAGGCUAGAGCGCAGGACCUGGGUAACAAGAUUCGCGAGGAAAAGGGAACUGACGUUGGCGGUAAGAGUUUCCACGAUCACCUAGACACCGAUGCACUCCGGUGCUCGAUCGAGCCCAGCAGGGCAGCGGCCUGGCGUGUAAGACGCACCAAAGUUCGCUUGAGCCCUAUGGUUGCAGCGGUCCUGGUUGACAGGGGUUUGAUCAAGUACUCAGACCUCAAGCUAUACCGACCAAAAGAAUACAUCACUGACGGCCAGCCAUGGGAUCCCGUUUCGGCAGUGGCCUCGUCCCUGGCUACCGAUCUUGGGAACAUUGGCAUGGCCGUUGCGGAUUUCCCUCGCGAGAUCUUCAAGAGCCGGAGCAAGGGAGACAAGACCCCAGAGCCCCCAGAAAUCCCCUUCAAGGAGGGCUCGACAUCCCGUACGAGUCUGGUCCAGGGGAGUGACAAGUCAUCAACUGCGGCUCCAAGCUUGCAUGCAUCCGAGUCUUCCACGCAACUAGGCCUGGUCGAAACAGGGGCCUCUACACCGACCUUGCACUUGACCCCGCGUGAGACCACAUCGUCUGCGCCCCCCUCCCAUGCGCCUUCCGCCACUCCUUCCAUGGUCUUCAGUGGACCAGAUUCUUCUUCCAUUGCUCCUACAGAAACAACAACAAUUUCUGAUCAGUCCCGUACCAGUCGACCGCCAGGAAGCCCAGGAAAACGAUCUGCCAUCAGGGACUCCUCCCCAGUGACCGUUGGAGUUGAUACGGCUGUAGCAGCCGGAACGAGUGUUAGUCGAAUCGUUACCACCGGUGUGAAGACACCAAUGAACGUUUGUCUCGGUCUGGCUCGGGGUUUCCGGAACGCCCCGCGGCUGUACAACGACGACACGGUGCGCCCGCAAGAGAAAGUCACUGAUUUCUCGAGCGGUCUCAGGGUUGCUGGGAAGGAGUUCGCAUUUGGCAUGUUUGACGGCAUCGGUGGACUUGUCACGCAACCACUUAAGGGUGCUGAGAAGGAAGGCGGAAAGGGCCUCAUUAAAGGUUUCGGAAAGGGUAUUGGUGGUCUGAUUUUUAAGCCUGCAUCUGCCUACACGAUGCAAGGUGUACACGCUACUCUCCGCAACGCGUUCGCGACCAGCGUCCUGAACUACAUCAUAGCGUCGCGCAUGAAGCAGGGGCAGCAGGACAUGUACUGUGCCAGCAUCGCCGAGCGGGAGGACGUCAUUGUGCGGUGGAAUAACAAAAAGUACGACUUGAAGAACUUCCAGGCUAUGAAAUUGAAGGAACAGCGAGAGAAGAGCGACCGACCUCUGUCGCCACCAGGGAAGAACGACAGCGGGCUGUCGCCUCCCGUGACGGGUUGGGCACACACGAGACACAUGUCUUUUGACGAGCGAAAGAGAUUGCACGCCCGCAAGGAGGCAUGGAAGAAGGGGCACGUUGAGGCCCUGGUCCCCGAGAUGGAAGGAGACCUCCCGCCAUCACCGCGAACCAGCACUACUACCGACAGCGUGGCCGAAGAUGAAGAGUUUGAGCGCGCCAUCAGGGCCUCCAUCAGGGAAACGUCUCGCGGAAACCCAGAGGAUGACGCCAAGAUUGAGCAGAUUCUCAGGGCCAGCAUUAACCACCUACGCAGCAGCGGCCAUCCGCUCCCGGACGCCCGCCCACGCCCGAAAUCGCCCCGCCAACUCGACGAAAAGAACCCCGACAUCUUCAAGAACUCGGAGCUGGAGAUUACGGACGAAGAGUACCAGGACCUCAUCGAGCAGGCGAUCCAGCAGAGCAUGGCCGCGCACUCUCAGGAAGGAGCCCAGCAGUCCCCGCAGCGCACACCGCAAGGAAUCGACGACGAAAGAGAGUUCCAGCGGGCCCUCGAGGAGUCCAAGAAUGCCGCGCCGCCGCCUGAUUACGAAGACGACGAGGAGUUGAGGCGCGCGCUGGAAGCGUCCAAGAUGCACCACGACGACGGCGCGGCGGAUGAGGACGAGGAGCUGCGAAGGGCGAUUGCGGCUUCCGAGGCGGCGCACAAGGACCAGAUGAGCCGACACCAGGCCGCGCGGACGGAGGAGGACAUUGUGAUGGAGUACGUCAAGAAGCAGAGCCUCGCGGAGGAGGAGUUCCGGCGGAACACCGCGGCCAAGGGCAAGGCGCUGGACGAGUCUGACGAGGACGACGAGGAGUUGAAGAGGGCCAUGGAGGAGAGUCUGCGGGGUAGCGGGGGUCGGGCGGGGCAAUCCAGUUUCUGA